GAUUGGUACACAAUAGUCACAGCAGGCUCAGCACAAUAUUUAGAAACCACUUCAUCCAUUUUUAAAAUCUCAACCCACAAGUUGGAUUUGCAGGGUCAACGGUCCAAGAAACUGUUUGUAUAAGACCCAAAAUAAAACGUCAAAGAUAGACCUUGCUCCUUUAGAUAGAAUAACUUUCUAGCUUGACAGCCAAGAAAAAGCCAACUAGAAAAGAAAGAUUACACCACCAAGAAGAAGAGAACACUAAAGAUGAAGCUAGUUUGGUCCCCUGAGACGGCAUCAAAGGCCUAUAUUGAUACUGUUAAAUUAUGUGAGCGUUAUCAAGAAUCAGGCGUGGCAGAGCUUGUUUCAGCCAUGGCUGCAGGUUGGAAUGCAAGCUUCAUCGUUGAGACAUGGUCAAAAGGUGGUAUUAUGGCCACAAGUAUUGGCUUAGCUGUGGCGAGCGGGCACACGGGUGGAAGACACGUGUGCAUAGUCACAGAUGAGCAGUCAAGGUUAGAGUAUGUUGAAGGAAUGGUUGAGGUAGGCAUGUCACCAGAAAUUAUUGUUGGAGAGGCAGAGGAAGUCAUGGAUGAGCUAGUAGGCAUGGAUUUCAUGGUUGUGGAUUGUAUGCGCAAGGACUUUAUAAGAAUACUUAGGCUGGCAAAAUUGAGCAGCCGUGGUGCAGUUUUGGUGUGUAAGAAUGCUAGCAGCUUAAGACCUGCUUCGACUUUCAAAUGGCGAAGCGUUCUUGAUGGCAAUGGCAAUGGUGGAUCGCGGCGUCUUGUGCGUUCUGUGUUUCUGCCAGUGGGGAUGGGACUGGAUAUUGCACAUGUUGCUGCUAGUGGUAAUGAAGGAAAUCCAGGUUCAAGUUCAGGUUCAGGUUCAGGUUCUGUCAAAUGGAUCAAGCAUGUGGAUCAAAAAUCAGGAGAAGAGCAUGUUAUCAGAAAGGUGAAAUGAAAGGUUUUCUGUCAUUAUCCUUUUUCAUUUUAGUUUUUAGGUUGUAUGUACGAGUUCAGCAAGUUAAAAAGUUAUUUGUACAUAAGUUAAUGAGAAUUAAUCAAGAUACAUUCAAGUACUAGCCAUAAAACUGAUUAUUUUAUCCUUGUUUCCUCGCCAA